CGUACACCUCGCCAGUCCUACACACUACGACCCGGGCCAGGCCGCACCCUCGCGCCUAGCUUGCCCGCGCCGCCGUCGCAUGCCGCCGCGUCCACCUCUCCGCCUCCCGACCCUCACCCUCUUCACAAAGGAGGGCGGCUCGUGCAGCCUGUGCGACGUCGCCAAGAUCGACCUCAAGCACGUCGCCGCCACCGCACCCUUCCACCUGCGCCUGUACGACAUCUCGCGCCAGCCGGGCCUCGACGACCUCGAGUACGAGCGCACCGCCUGGAGGCGCCUGUACCAGUACGACAUCCCCGUCGUGCACUACAGCAUCGACGACUCGCUCGACGCGCUCGCUGGCAGGAAAGGUCGCGGCGGCCGCGUGAUGAAGCACCGCAUCGACAAGGCCAAGCUCGCACAACUCGUCCGACAAUGGACCGACGAGAUGAACCGCAUCGAGAGCUCGGCAGAGAGGAACGUGACGAGGGACGACGAGACGAGCCGCUAGCAGCCUCCAAACGUCCAGCAGAAGACGACAUCGACGAGCCGGCGGCCAAGCGCGCACGUUCCGACUCGCGCCCGACCACCCCGACCUCUCCUCCUCGCGCACCUCUCGACCACGGCCACAACGACGGCGACGACGACGGCCCGCCACUCUUUCUCGUCACGGCCUCGCCGUCCGCCAUCGUCGACGACUCGCACUAUGCCUCGUUCGGCCUCGGCUUCUCGUACGACUACCUCCCCUCGACAGCCUCGACCCUCGAAAUCCUCGGCGAGCGCGCC